AUGGCGGAAAGACAGCGGCUAUGGUCCGGAGGUCACAGAGCUGGCCUGGAGGGGUCACCAACCAACAUGGCGACCACUGCUGAAGAAGAGGCGCCACCCACCGUGCCGACCAUCACCGUCGAGGGAGAGCCCAUUAACGAUGACCUCGCAGUCACUUCUGAAGAGCAAGGCACCAACGGCACGAACAAGACUGGCGGCCCGGUGAACCCACCCAUCACCAACUGGCAAACACCGCAAACCGCCGCGCACCCCAAAGCAGCCGAGAUCAUCCACCAAGUCGAGUUUUACUUCGGCGACGACAACCUCAGUCAAGAUGCCCACCUUCUCGGCCUCAUCCGCGAAGGCAAAGGCACCGUCAGCCUCAACGAGAUCACCGGCUUCCGGAAGAUGCGGCAGUUCAGGCCCAAGACCGCUGUCAGAGAAGCUCUCAAGCAGAGUACCUUCCUUGAGCUUUCUGCCGAUGGCAAGCGUAUCCGCCGCAAGACUCCGCUCGGGAAGCGCAUGACGGUGAAGCCGAAGAUCAACCUGGAUAGGCAGAAGAAGACUAUCCCGGAAGACAAGCCAUGGCUGACCAGGGGCAUGAUGAAGGCGACGGGGUUUGAGGAGUACGCUACCGAUGGCCCCAUCAGACCUGCGGAGUAUGAACAGGAUCGCGAGGACUAUGCCGAAGACGUGUCGUUCACUACCCGCAUCGAGACUGCAGUCGCGAGGUUCAGUGCAAGACGCAAAAUGCACCAAGAGACUCGUCAGAUCUUCAGCCGGUACAUGAUCUAUGGCGGCAUGGAGGGUGGGCAGAACAUGUUCACUGGGGGUGCAUUGAGCAAAGAGGAAACGGAAGGCUUAAGCAGGAAGGAGAUUGCUGAGAAGACUGCUUACUACGGCGUUUCUGAGCGGGUGUUGGAUGGGUUCGAUGUCUUUGAAGGGGAGGACACUUGGCACGUUGACUUCGAAGCGACCGCCAAAGGCUUCCUGUCGUCCCAGCUCAUGGACAUGCUGAACUGGCACGAUCAGGCCAAGGUCGAGACGGCGACGAACGUGCUGCGGAGCUUCUACAACUACCUGCUCCUCCAUGACGUCUGCCCGAAGUACAAGGACCAGCUGAUGCGUGCGCGCAAAGUCUGCGAUCUCGCUGAAGAAGAGCUGCCGAAGCUUGCCAUCGUCGACAAGAGCCUGCCAGGCGGCUUCAACACCGCGUGUUCCACUCUCUUCGGCGGCAACUACGCCGGCCUCCACGCUGAGGGCGACUGGGUAGUCGAAGGCGACGACGUAGGCUGGACCAUGGCAGAUGCGAAGAAGAUCUUCCUCACCGGCGUUGCGGCCUACGGCACCGAAGAGCAGUUCGCCGCCGUCGAGAACAACAUCGCUAACACCCACCCCUUCCAAGUCAUCUCUACCGAAAAUCUCGGUCUCGAAAUCACCGGCAUGGAUUUCAUGACCGAAGAAGCUAAGCAGAUCUACGACGAUUCCCGCCUCAGCAACACCAUCGUCAAGCCCAUGGGCCGCCUGCACUGCGUCCGCUGGGACCCCCCUCAUGCGCCAUCGAUGGAUAUGCCGAAGUCUGCGCUGAAGGCGAAGAAGGGCCAAGAGUUCGAUUUCGUAAUGGACGAAGAGAUUCUCAAGUCCUGCUAUCCCGGGUUGAAGAUGGAGGUCUGUGUCAAGGAGCUGGAUAUCGGGAUCAAGUGGAUCGACUACCUGGAGACUUCGUAUGCGAGCUUCUUCACGUGGUUGGUGAAUGAGGAUAUUCGGGAGUGGAAGGAGCCCGGGCUGCCGAAGGGGUACAUGACGAGGCAGCCGGACGGGAUGGGAAUGGAGGUUGCGGAGGUAUCGCGGGAUGAUGAGGGCGACGGACAGAAUGAUUAUGAUGAUGAGGAGCCCGAUUGA